AUGAGAGCACUUUCCAUAACUCGACUUUUCGCUCGCCGUCCUGUCGCCUUUCGUCUCCGCUCCUCCCGUCUCCGCGAGCCAUUUCUAAGACCCUUCACCUUAAAACAUGAGCGCGCAAGAUCUGUUGAAGCUUACGAUGAGGACGAAGCCAAUCAGUUAAAGGAGCCGAUAAGCAACAAUCCAUAUGAUGAAAUUGGAAGACGGCGGCGUCGCGACGCGGAAGUUAGGAAGUUGAAAAGAGAGAUCAAGUUUCUUUUCAUCGGCUUAGCAUUCUCGAUGGCGGGAACAUACGCUUGCAGUUGUCUUAUAGAGGAAGAUAUCAAAUAUAAAAAAGGCCACUCGGCUGAUGCCAAUCCGAGAGACACGGAAGCUUUUCAAGGCAAGCCUGUUGUAUUGGCCGCUGGUGGACAAAAGCUCGUUGUAGAGGAUCCGUCAACGCAUGAGCAGAUUGAAUUAGUUCCCACGGGAACAUCCUAUGUACCACAUUUUCCAAAGAUUAUAACACUACCUUCUGGUGUUCCCGGAGAGAAAGAUCCAGAAUACACUCUUAUUGGUCUUGGAAUACGGCGCGUGUCGUUCCUUAAUGUCCAGGUGUACGUUGUCGGACUAUACGUGAAGAACAGUUCGCUGGCACCGCUACAAGCGUCUCUGGUACAUCACAUCAAUCCAAUGGCUUCCGCGCUCAUACCUGGGGAGAAAGAGGAGCUAAGAACUUCAUUACUCGAUCCAGAGAGCUCCUCCAAGAUAUGGGAGGCUGUACUGCAAGACGGACAUAGCCAGAUAGAAACUGCCUUCCGGGUGGUCCCUGUCAGAGAUACGAACUUCAACCAUUUACGAGAUGGCUGGGUGACUGGCCUGACUAACAGGAUACAAGAGGCUUCACAAAAGGCACAAAACACUAUCAAGGACGCCGGUACAUCAGGUCAGUCGACGGUCUCGGAGGUCUCAGAAUUCGAUGAUGACAGUAUGGCAUUAUCAAUGCGAGAGUUCAAGCAGAUCUUUCAAGGCAGAGGUAAGGCUCCCAAAGGAUCGAUAAUCCUUCUAACAAGAGAUGGUCGAGGAAUACUGGAUGUAUUAUAUCAAAAGAACCCUGCUGGCGGGGAAGUGGAAAGAAUUGGACGACUAGAAGAUGAGCGGAUCAGUCGGCUGCUGUGGCUGCUAUACCUUGGUGGAAAGAAGCCUAGCAGCGAAGAGGCGCGAAAAGACGUCGUAAGUGGUGUCAUGGCUAUGGUAGAGAGGCCUGUGGGCACAGUCGAAACGCAGGUUGUUUGAUAACAUCCAAAAUUAGACCACUUGACGUCACCGGUAGGGAGGAACUGCGCUUGUGGUUUUGGGUUAUAUCAAUGCUCCGCCAUACCUGCUCUAUGUAAAUAUUAUCUAAAAAUCGAGUCGUAUGCUUAUAACAUAAUGCUCACU